AAUCCAAAUUCAUUCGUGAGUAGAAGAACUCAGUUUUAAUCUCAACUGGUGUGACCAUUUGGUAAAAGUCGGAGUUGAAUGAUGUAGUUAUUCAAUUGACUCUCUAAACAAUCUGAAUCAGAAUCAGAAUCAUUUUUAUUCUCCGAGUGUGCACAGACACACGAGAUACAUACGUGAUCAGAGAGGAGUGGGCGUGGCCUGUCGAUCAUUAUCGGCAGCCGCGUUUCCAUGGCAACGUAAACAACCACGGCAACGAGACUGUGGGUGAGACUGUAGAUAGUGUUGUUUAGUAGAUGGAGAGAAAAGAAGCUUCGCCAGAACCUCAGUCAGGAGCUUUGUCAGAACCUCAGACAGAAGCUUCACCAGAACCUCAGUCAGAAGCUAAGCCAGAACCUGGCUUUCACGGAGUCCUGAGAUACAGAAGAGAGUCUGACUGGAGGAAAAUCAAACUUCUGUCGCAGUCCCCUAGAGGGUAUACGGUGUGGUGCGAGAUUUGUGGUGCGAACGCAAAGCCAUUGAUUGAUUUCACGAAGACCCCGAAUCCUGAGGAUUUCUGCUGCGCUCAGUACAAGGAGCUGUUUAAGAAGGUGGAGCAGCAGUGGCGUAAGCAGCACUCGGGGGAAUCUUUACAUGACUACGACUCCGGUGAUGAGAAAACGCAGCUGCACAGAGCAAGACUUCAAGACAUUUUUCAGCAGGGUGCAGAUGAAUUUUCCAGAAAGGGUAAAAGGCAGUCUUCAGCAAACCAAAGCGAGAUACCGGGCUGCAAAGUCACGUCGUCUGGUUUGUUCACCACCAUCACUUUCCGGCUUUCGGAUUUUGUGCGCAUGAAAGAGCGCGAACGCUGGAGCUCGAUGGAGGACUUUCCAGACGAGAAAAACGUCCGAGAGUUGAAGCUGUGCAGCGUUCCUAGUUCACUUCCACCUGGGUUUGGUCUGCGCCAUUAUCAGGGCCACAUUCGGAAGUUUUACUCAAACGGGAAUAAAUUUCUCAUCGCGCAUCCAGACGGCACUGGCCAAGUCUUCUACCCCUCAGGAAAUCUAGCCAUUAUCGCUUUCAUAGACGACGCAGUGGGAGUCUGCAUCGUUCUUGAUGACAUCGGAUCGAGCUGUCCAAUCAGAGCCUUCUUCCAGACCAGCGGGAUCGCCACCUGUUACCAUAGCAACGGGAGUACCUGUUUGCACAUGGACAUGUGGGGAGGGCGGAGUCUCAAUGAAGACACGUCCAGAAGAAGUCAGUGGAAAUGGACGGACAACACGAGCAAUCCGACCCCCUUCAAACCCAUCCAGCUGUCACUCAAUAAAAACAUCGGGGUUCGAGUUCGGGGACGAGACUCCGUCAUGGUGACCUUCCUGGCAUCAGGACAGCAGGCUUGUCUUAACGUAGGCAGCUGCACCAAGCCAAUCGAGCCCCCCACUCCGUCUCUGCAAAAAGAGGAGCUGAUGCUGCAGGUCACCCAGCUUAACGCCCAGCUGGCACUUGAACGCCUGCGCUGGAGCCUCGCUGUGCACUCGGACGCCAAGCGUCGGUGUCUCCGGCUUCCCCCGGGACUCGUCUCACAGGGACGGAAACUCCUGAGGCUCAGCUCCAGCAUUUUGACGGAGGAUAAGGACAAGGACUAUAUACAGCACUGCCUGCAGGACUGCCAGUGACCUCAUCAUCAACACUUGGAGCUUUUCACUUGACACAAAAUUUACCUUUAAAGAUUUUCCCUAUAUACCAUUAUAGCAGCUAUAAACACUCAGACCCUCACCAGCCUUUUUGUUUUUUUAAAGAGUUUACAAAGAGAAGUCAAAAUCUUCAGAACUCAACCAGCUUUUAUACAGCCAGUGAACAGGAAGUGUCUCAUCCUUUGGAGGAAGGUGCCCUCUGGUGGCAGGGGGGAAGAAAUGUCCCAGAAGGAUGUUUUCGUUAGGAUGACUUCUCCUGGGCCUGUUAUUGUAAACCUAGUAUCCUAAUUAUAGUCAACACUUUAGUCCAAACUGCUGCUACUGAAUGUUAAUCACCAUAUUUUGACCAAUCAGAAUCGAGAAUUGAAAAGUUUAGCGCUGUGUAACGGUACAGAUUAGACUGGAAUCUUUGACGAGAUAAGAUUGAGGUAAUCUGAUAAAAACCAGGCUAACACAGUGGCUGGUGAGGUAUCUGUAGACCUGCUGCAGGGGAAUAAAAACUACAAAUACACAAGGGUUUAACGAUUUAUGCGCACAUUACAGAUAAUUAAGGAACUUUUGUUAAAAAAAUGCUGUAAAUCGAGUACGUCUCAUGCUUGAAAAACAUUUCCAGUAAGUGAUCCACUAUACUGGAGCUUCAUCUUUUGUUAAUUCUACCCUAAUUCUAUGUUUAAAAAAAAAAACCUCAGACAUAUAUUUAAGAGCUAAAA